GCUCAACUCAGGGGACCGGCUGAAAAAGGUGUCCCCUACUCCUCCGCCAUCUUAACCUCCCCCCCCCGAAUUGAAGAAUUUUGAAGACAGUAGGAAAUUGUGCAAGACAAUGGACUCCAAGCUUGUUAAAAUAGAAGAUGAAAAGGAACUGAGCUUCCUUCAAAGUCAGGUGUCCUAUUACACUUGGAUUGGACUGUCCGGUAAAGGAAUCAGCAGUUCCUGGACAUGGGAAGAUAACUCACCACCCUUCCUCAAAAUAGGAAAGGCAGCGUGGUAUACUGGCUGGCUGAAGACAAAGCAGAAGCUGACACCCUGCAACACCACCCCCACCAUGUAUGCAACAUUCCUGGGCACUCCUGGCUGCCCUAAAACUAAGGAAAGGACCUGCAGCUCAUUGAUAAGGACACAGUGAUAGUGUGGACAGCCUUGGCUUGAUGGUGGUGGGGCCUCCAGUGUCCUGCUAGUCUCCUUUGACAUAUGA